UUUUUAUGGGCUCUUGUUAUUCUUAAGUUCCUUAUACUUUUCCAGAUGGAGGAAUAUACGAUGGCGAAAUGAAAGAUGGGCUUCCUGUAUAUUGUUAAGGUGAAUCUAGGAUGGAAAAGGUUAAAUUCACUGGGACAAUGGAACCUCAUUUGAAGGCUAUUUUGAAAAAGGCAAAAAAGUAAAAAAGGGAAUUUUUAAAUGGGGUGAUUCUUCUCAUUACGAAGGUGAAUUCUUGAAUGAAAAUUUUCACGGUUAUGGUGAAUAUUAUUGGUACAAUGGCAAAGUGUACAAAGGUAAUUGGGUAGAUGGUAAAAUGGAAGGUUAGGGUACGCUUAUUUAUGAAGGUAAGGAGUAUGUUGGUAUUGCAUUUAUUUAAAUUAUCAGGCGAAUUCAAAAAUGACAAGAAACAUGGAUUUGGAGAGUUGAGAUGGCCAGAUGGUUAGAAAUAUAUAGGCAAUUGGAAGAAUGGUAAACAAGAUGGUAAAGGUAAAUUAAUUUAACCAAAUGGAAAUGUUAUUGAAGGUACCUGGGUAAAGGGAAAAUAAUAAUGA